AUGGCGGUCAUGGACUAUGUAACGUUCACUUCGAUCAUGCGCACUGAUGGCGUUUUCAUUGGAAGAGGGCGGGAUAUCCUGGCUAGUGGAACUGCAAUCGGCAGAAAGCCCAGCGAAGCAUUGCACGGCUGGGCUAAGCACCAACAAGGCCAGAUCAAGGAAUAUCCCUUGAGGAUCGGCAGCUAA